AUGGCAGGUAAAGUGAACGACCAGGCUCGGAUGCCUCCGCCUGAGUCGCCUUCCCGCUCCCCUCGUCGCUAUGACAGUUCACAGCCUCGGACAGAUAUCUCCAACGCGUUCAGUGACAGCGUCAAGCUUGAGGUUGCCCGCAUGUCUGGUUCCUCUUGUUGGAGCUGUACAACCCCAGACCCUGAAUACGCCCACGUGGUCGCACAAAAAGACGGUCAAGCUCCUUAUUGGAUCAAAGCUGGCCUAUUCCCAUUUUCAUUUAAAACAGCGGUCAACUGUAUUCCUCUUUGUCCGACCUGUCAUAGUGCUUUCGACCGUUCUUCCGACCCGUGCUGGGUGUUCCUACCGACCAACUUAGCGUUUUUUAUCAAGUGGGAAAUGGAAGACCGGGCCCGACGUACCCAGGUGGUGGGUCAACCUGACCGAACAGUACCGACGAUCGCGACUUACCGUGACCAUAUCGCCUCCCAAGGCCUAGUGUCAGACGACGCGGUCGGAGGACUAUAUCGGGGAUACUUUUUGAAAGACUUUUUGCGUCCCAUGAGUAGCCCCAACGCUUUUGAGGUCCUUGCUACCCCUAAGGUAUGGCACGGGCAUCCUAUGGCUGCCAUUCGAAGAGGGAUUGCGAUAUUAGGAAGCGCCCGUUGUUAUGCACUUGACCGGGCUACGCUUGAUCAACUAGCCACACUGCGCCGUUUGUAUUUCGAUGACACGAGUCUCAUUGACAAGAAGCUUUCUCAAGUCUACCACAUUCCAUCUGCAGGCCACAAGAGAAAGAGGAGCGAAGACAAGUCCGACCAUAACGAUCAAAAGCGCCGUCCCUCCGACACGAAUAUUCACGAAACCGUCCAGGAUGCUCAUGAUGUUGGGAAUGGGCAGGGCACACGCCAUGUGUGUGCUCUGCCUACCCCUUCGUUCAUAGAUAUCGAAGCUCAUAAUGAUUUCUAUGCCCCUAAUGAUUGGGUUUUGGGGCCUAAUGCUACAGGAAAUGAUGCAAUACAACGAUUUGCGCCUUUAUUCCAAUCUAGAGACGUCGUUAAGCUACUCCGUUGA